AAGGGGGAGUGCUGGAUGUGAUGUUUAUGUGCACUGGAUUUGUAUGGUUUCAGGCUUUUGAAUUAGCUUCCUUCAUCACUUUGCCAACCACAUCAGGAAGAAGGGAUGGCUAAGCUCAUAGUGACAAUGAACACCACCAGAGGAGCCUAUGGGAGCCCCAAAUCGUGGAACCCAGAGCACACCGAGAAUGCCUCCCUGCCCAACUUUACACUGCCUUUCACGUUUCGCCAACGGGCCACUGACCAAGCGCUGAAUGGAAUCCUCAUUGUUGUCCUGGGCAUUGUCAUGGUGUCACUGGGGUGCACCAUGCAGCUCUCCAAGAUCAAGACUCACUUCUGGAAACCUAAAGGGGUGGCCAUUGCUGUGGUGGCUCAGUAUGGCAUAAUGCCUCUGACAGCGUUUGCCCUGGGAAAGCUCUUCCAUUUGGGCCCUAUUGAGUCUCUGGCUGUGCUCAUCUGUGGCUGCUGUCCAGGUGGAAACCUCUCAAACAUUUUUAGUCUGGCAGCAAAAGGAGAUAUGAACCUGAGCAUUGUGAUGACCACAUGCUCAACGCUCCUGGCACUUGGGCUGAUGCCUCUUCUCCUGUAUCUUUACUCAAGAGGGCUGUACCAGGGCAACCUAGAGGGCAAAGUGCCUUACAAGGGAAUAGUCAUCUCCUUGGCCAUGAUGCUCAUUCCCUGCACCAUUGGCAUCUUCCUGAAUGAGAAGAAGCCACAGUAUGCUCGCCUCAUCAUCAGGGCAGGGACGAUUGUGCUGCUUGUAUCAUCUGUUCCAAUAAUCGCUCUGUUUGUGACAAGUGUUGGAAACAGUAUUUUCAUCAUCUUCUCGCCACCCCUACUGGGAACGUCUGCCUUGAUGCCUUUUAUUGGUUUCCUGCUUGGCUACAUGCUAUCUUCAUUUUUCAAGCUCAAUGACAGGUGCAGGCGGACAGUCUGCAUGGAGACUGGUUGCCAGAAUGUGCAGCUCUGCUCUACGAUCCUCAAAGUGGCCUUUGCCCCUGAUGUCAUUGGACCCCUUUUCUUCUUCCCUUUCCUGUACAUGGUAUUUCAGCUUGGAGAGGGCUUUCUCCUGAUACUGGCCUUCAGGGUUCAUGAAAAGCUAAAGAAACCAAACGAUACAGCAAAAAUGAUCUAUACAGCUGUGGAUGAUCUUGCACAAGAAACAAAUCACCCAGGCCCCUAAGAAACACCAGCAAAAUAGGGGGAUACUACAGAAGCACCACACCUCAGAUACAACCUGGAGCAUUGGUGGGUGUAUUUUCUGCACCUGGUUUGCUGAACUCCAGCAGUUUUGCAUGAAAUGUUGAUUUUAAAACAAAGGGGUGAGCAGAUCUUCUCACAGGCCCACUUCUACCCCCACUAGAUGUUCUCAAGAAAGGGCACCAAGCACCACAGGCUAUAGUUUGAGACUCAUUGGACUAACCAAUUUUUGGUCAUCUACAAAACAUUCAUAUUUUGGCUGAUGAUAAAAUGGUGCAGUCCAUCCCAGUGAGCUCUCUCCCAGUUUCCCACGAGCUCUGUGCCAGACACCUUGGAACUAACAGCAUGACAGCUUAUUAUUGAUUGCUACCAUUAAUGCAGCCAGACCCAUUCUUUUGAGUUGUUUUUCUGUUCACACAGUUUUGCUGGCAAGCAUUAGAGGGGGAGGCAAAAGCCUUUCAGAAGUUCAAGCUAAUUUCUCUCAUUAGAAUCUAAAAGAAUUUUCUCAUAACAGGAUCGACAAAUGAAAAGUGACCACAUGUACAGUUUAGGAGUCCUUUACUAUCAAUCACAGGCACUCCCCUUUACCCCAGCAGUUUUGUACAUCUAAAGUCCCCAAACCAUAGGCCUUGAAGUCCCAAAACAUGACCUGUAGCCAACUUUAGCUUGUCUAUAAUUUAACAUGGGGAGGUUUCUAAGAUACUUAUAAGGCUGACCCUAGUGUCUGACUGCCUCAUACACUUAAGAGCUAUUAUCCACAUCUUAUAAAUGGAGAACCGAGGCACACAGAGGCUGUGACUUGCCCAAAAAUCACACUAUCAGAGUAAGAAACUGAAUCUGGGUCUGCCUCAUCCUAAGCUAGUACCCUAACCGCUGGCAUUAACUAAGCCACAAGGCCAGUCAGUAACAAAGCAGCAUUAGAACUCAGAAGCUCCAGGCUCCCAGUUCUGUGCUCACACUAGUGGUUCACCGUACCUCAAAGUAAAAUAAUUUAAGAACAUUGAGCAUAUUAAAAAACCACCAUUGAAUAAAGCCACAAACUUUUGACUUACAAUUGCUGUAGUUUUGCUACAUUAUGUAAAUUAGAUGUAGGCCUUAGGCUCCUGGCAAGAGGCCAAUAGUCAUUGGUGAUGUAAAGAUGAGAACUCUUUUUGCACGCUUAGUGCGAUUCAGACCCCAUUGAAGUGAAUCAGAGCCUUUCCACUGAUUUCCAUUAUGCUGGUACCCAUCAUGGUCAUAAAGCUCUUUAGAAGCAAGUAUGUUUAGCCACUGACCAUUUAUUCAAUGGCUAUCUCACUUGCAUUCCAAAGACCUUUAUCCCUUACACUGCUGGAUAAAGCUUUCCAAAAUGCAGCAAUUGCAUAUGGGUAAUGUUCCUUUAAUAGCUAGAAUAUCCUCGGAUGCAGAGUUUAAAGAUUUCACUGUAAGUCUGCCAACCCCCACCGUUCAAAACCCCUCCCACAAAGCAUGGGAUUGCCUUAAAAUAUGGUGUCGUUUUUCAGCAGCACAAUUCCCUCUACAUUGUCCCGGCCUCUACUUAGCUCCUCCAUGACGUCUCAUGGUGGGCCACCAUCUUCCUUGAGGGCAGACUGAUUUCAGCCCCUUGGAAACAGUGUUUACUGUCUUCACUGGUAGCAGCCUGACUGUGACCAGCUGGGUCUUUAACACCACUCACAUUAGCAGCGGCCAUAUUAGUGAAGAAAUAAGCUUCAUAGAAGCAAAAACAGAAUCAGUCAGGAAAACCCUUAUAAAACACUACAUAUACCUUGGGAGCAGAGGCAUAAUAAGGCCUGACAGAAGCCUGCUGUGGAUUUUAAGAGUCUGUUCUGUUAACAUAAGUGUAAGCAUAAGUAGAACUAUGUAUGUUUAAGUGUAAAAAAUUGCAGUGUAAUCAUGUUUGCAAGACCAAGAAAAAAGUGACUAAAAAGCUAGAAGGCCAGUUUGAACUAACACUAAAUCUGUACUGAGAAGAAAGUUAACAUGGAAAUGAGAAACUAAUACAUAUGCAUAAGAGAUAACAAGUUUAUGUAACAAAAGGUAGUUUAAAGCUGUAUAGUCUAGUGCUGGAAGCAACAGACCAGGUCAUCCCACUGAGCUUCCCAUUUGUAAUUGACUGCUACUUGCUGAGUGUUUGCCUUAAUAAAGAUUAGACUCACCUGCCAA